AUGCUUCACAAUUGGUAUAACAAACUUAAAAAACCAAAAACUUCGUCUAUGUCUGGAAAAUCUUCAACUUCAACGGUUGAUAAACAACAAACUAAUAUAAUCGACAAUGCUGAAACUCAAACAGCAGCAGCAGCAGCAGCAGCAACAGUAUCUUCUUCUGAUACAUCAAAUUCGGAUCCUAUUUUCCUAGAAGCAUACGAUUGUGCAAAAUUAAAUCGUGAUUGGCAUAAAGUAAUUAAUGCAUUAACGACACAUCCCAAUUGGUUAAUAAAAAUUCCUGAUGGUCGUCAAUGGACAAUGUUACAUCAAAUAGUUUUUUCUGGUCAUGUCAAACAUUUAGAUGAAGUUCUUGCAUUACAAAUAAGUAAUGCGCAAUUUCGUCUUCUAUUAAAAGCACGAGAUGGUAAAACUAUACAUGAAGUUGCUACUGAACGUUCACAUAUUCAUCCGGGAAUGUUACGUCGUAUUGAACGACUUGUUGCUGUUGAUCAAUUAUUAAAUAAUGCUAAAGAUCGUAAAUGGGAUUUAGUUAAACAAUCUAUUACAGCAAAACCAGAUAUUGUUAAUGAAAAACCUCCAUAUCGUCGUUUUUAUUUAGCACAUCAUCUUGCAUUUGUUGGACAACUUGAUGUAUUUAAAGAUUUAAGUAAAAUUUGUAAGUUUAAUCUUGAUUUACUUGCUGGAAAUCAAACAGUUGCACAAGUUGCUCGUGAGCAUAAUAAAAUACCAUUUGCUCAAUAUAUUGAAAGUCUUCAAACUGAAACAAAUGACGAUACAAAUGAUGAUACAUCAUCAUUUGAUGAACCUGGUGUAACACAUUAUAGUCCUGGUUUUUAUGAUGAUCCUUGUAUAUCAUUCAUUCCACCAAAUCUUAAUUUAAAUACUAUAUUUCCAUUGUCAAAUCAUUCAACAACAUAUUCCAAUAAUCAUCAUCAUUAUCCACAUCAUACAACACAUAAUCCUCAUAGUGUUAUAAAUGAUCAUCAUUUUGCAACACAUAGUCUUUAUCAAGGUGAAAAUCCAACAGCAAUGGCAAUGCCAACACCAAAAGUAACACAUAGUCUUCAAAAUUUAACAAAUGAUAAUCAUUUUACAACAAAAAGUAUUUAUCAAGGUGCACAUUCGAUAACAUCAUCAAUGCCAAUGGCAACAGCAACACAAAGUCUUCAAAAUCAAACAAAUAAUCAACAAUCUACUACAAAUAAUAGUCAUCAAAGUCCAUAUCCAACAACAGCUCAUAUGGCAAUGCCAACACAUACUCAACAUAGUACUACAUAUGGAAAUAAUAAUAAUGAUUAUAAAAAAUCUAUUAAACCAAAAUCAAAACUAUCUGAAAUGACUAGUCAUGAACAAACUAAAUACGAAGAAACAGCUCAGAAAAAUGUUAAAAAUAUUUCUGAACAAAAUUUACUUAAUUCAAUUACUUGUUGUAUUACAAAAACUAUACUUCGUGAUCCAGUUGUGGCUGCUGAUGGUUUUACGUAUGAAAGAGAAGCUAUUACCAAAUGGUUCGAACAUUCAAAUCGUAGUCCAAUGACAAAUCAAGAACUCGAUAACCUUGAAUUAAAACCAAAUUAUGCUAUUAAAUCAAUUCUACAAUCGUUACAAGGUGCCAACUCUUUGCCUACGAAACCUGACAAAAAAUGA